UCUCCUUGGGCGCCCUCCCUCGCUUCCGCCGUUCGUUCAGUUGCUUAUCGCCGUUCGAAGAUUUACAUUUUUUUUUACUUUUUUUCACGGCGAUUAAAGCCGCGGCAGGUACGCAGAGUUGGGUUCUAAAAAUAAAGCACAUUUUUUUGUUCCGUUUAAGUUUUUUUCCUUCAAACGGAGGUGGGGUGUAGGGGUUAAAAAAGUCGCCUGCUGCUGCUGAGGCGAAUUUCGCGGCCUAGGCUGUCGGGCUUCGCCAAGAAAUGGCGUGCGCUGCGGUGCUGGAGCCAAACCGGGACUUCCCGGCGUGGCUGGAGGCGCAGGGCGUGAACGAGGAGGUGGCCCGGGCCAUGGACUCGGAGCUGGGCAUCCGGGACUACGGGGUCCUGCGCGCCUGCGUCGGGGACGGCCUCGUGCGUGCCGAGCUGCUGGCCGCGGCGCGCGACCGCCUGCCCUUCGGCUUCUACGCCGUGCUGCGGCAGGUGGUGAAGGCCCUGCGGGGCGCCGAGACCCACCAAGACGGCGCCGGGACUCCGCGCUGGGACGACGACGACGCCGCCGCGGCCGCCUCCUCCCCGGGCGACGUGACGCUGGGAGGGCUGGUGGACGUGCUGCUCGCUCUGUUCAGCGGCCUGAGCCGGGAGCUGCUGCUAUCCGCGCGGAGGCUGGGAGCCAUGGACGGAGCCGGAACUUGCGUCGGUGGCUCGAGUCCCGGCGGCGGCGCGGAAGAGGCCGCCAUGGUGGAGCAGCAUCUGAAUUGCACGGAAAAUGAAGAGAUCGGAGACAUCGCUCCGUCCAUCAUCGACGACUUUGGCCAGAACAAGAUGAUGCGCAUCAUCAAAAUGGAAGAACACGAGGAUGGGGACAAUGGAGGCGAGGGAUCGGUGGACGACAACGACGAUGGCGGCGGCGGAUGGCGGGCGCAAGACGGAGCGGACGGCAUGGCCGCCUCGUGCAUGGAUGGAUCGGGUAAGAGUGAGGAAUGUCAUUCGGGGUACAUCAUCGAUGAUGUGACGUCGCUCCAGGGCACCGCCGCCCCGCACCUCCUCCGGCGCGGCCGCCCGUAUAGCGCUAUCGCCCUCGCGUCGUCGCAAGUGCCGGGCGAGACCCACGACCCCGAGUGGAGCCCGGCGGGUCCGCCUUACGAUGGGCACCUGUCGACCGCGGGGAGAAGCGAGCCGGGCGGGCAGGGCCGGCGGGAGGGGCCGCUCGCGAAGCGCACGGCGGCGUCGGCGGCGGCGGCGACCUCAAGCGGUAAAAGGGCGGAAAGUGACUCAAGGUUCGCCAUCAAUGACGUCACGUCACUGCUGAGCACCGAAGGGCCCCUUUCGUCGCCACGAAACCCUAGCUUCCUCGCGCGAUGGCAAGACUCGGGCGCAUUCAACGGCAGCGUAGAACGAUGGGAUUUCGCCUCGGCCGCUGACGCCGGCUCGACAUCCGCGCGUCCCGCCAACCCGUGCGUCCCGCAGCAGAACGGGGCGGCUGCGGCGGCAGCGCAGGCCUGGCGAGGGGCGGCCUUCCCCGAGCGGGAGCGGCCGGGCGCCCCUCCGUGCGUCCGCGGCGAGCGCGGCCAGUUCCCGAGUUACGACUUCCUGAAGAGGCACGCGGCGGAGGCACGGAGGCUAGCGGCGGAAGGACACGCGGAGGAGCGACACGCGGCGGCGGCGGCGGCGGCGUCGGCGGCGUCGGCGGCGGCGAGGCAAUUGGCCGAGGCGCACGUGCCGGAGGGCCACGCGCCGGAGGGGCACGCGGCGGAGAGGCCCUACCGCUGCCACGUGUGUGGCCUUACCUUCAAGCGGCUGGCGCACGUACAGCGGCACCAGCACACGCACACGGGCGAGAAGCCGCACCGCUGCGGCGCGUGCGGCCGUGCCUUCGCCCUCUUCUCCACGCUGAAGCUGCACCGGCGGACGCACACGGGCGAGCGUCCUUACCGCUGCGACGUCUGCGGGCAGACGUUCUCGCACCACUAUAGCUUCAAGCGGCACCAGCGCACGCACGCGCGCGUUGGCGACGAGCUCGCCGCGGUCCCGCCCAUCGUUCAGCAAUACGAGGGGGUCGUAACGUCUCCGCUGCUCGAAUGAGUAUUGGGGGGGGGCGGGUGGCGGCGGGUGGCGGACGGGGGAGGUGUGUUCGUUGCUGUUGGACUUCUGCGAAACUAGCGGUGGAAAUUCCACAUUCCCCUGAUGGGGGAGAAUUGCUGUCCCCCCCCCAACCCACUCUACAUCGGAUGACCGCUGUUGUCUUUCACGGAGUCGUGCUAAAUUGAUUGAUUUAUUGAGUUGGAUGGGGCCUGCAUUGGCCCACCAACUUGGGACUUGAACUUGGUUGGUUUCAUCUUCUUGGUUCGUUCGGUAAAGUCACGUAGAAUGAAAAAAAAAACGUAAUAAAAUGAUUCUCACCACGUUUCGGCCACAACGCAAGCAGCCGUCCUCAGGUGAAGAACAGGUCUGUCGAGAAGACAGAGUCUGAAUGGCACGCCCCAGGCUUGGAGCGACUAUUUAUGCUGGGAUGGUUGGUUUGCCUGGUCCCGGCGGUGGUCAUAUCGAUCCACAGUCCUGCCUACGGCGGAUCGACUGUUUUAGCCCAAAGCCAACCAAUGAAGGCUUUCGAACAAAAAAUGUACGUUUCUGAAAAGUGUUUAAACAUUUUCUCAUUGUAAAUGCGGAGAGGGCAAACGCGGACAUGACACAGCAAAGCGAAAGCUGCAUGGCUCUUACUAGUUGGCCAUUUUUAACAAUGGGUGUUUAGUCAAUCCUCUCUCCCCCAAAGAUGAUGUUGCUCAUAAACGUGUUGCUUGCGUUGGCAUGCAUAUUUUUUAUUAUCCCCGGGAUGUUUCGCUUUUAUACGUUCGUGCUCCGAAAGAAUUGUUACGGCUUUCCGUAUUUGUUCUCUGUGAAACACAGAUACAGUAUGCAUAGUGGAUGUUUUUGUUGUUUUUGGGGUUAUAUCGCAUACAUAUAAAUGUGUCGUUAAACCCCUCACCAGCCAAUGAUUAGACAGGUUUGUCACGUAAACAACACUUGCCGAUUCGUUACGAGCUCAGCACAACGGUUGUGCUGGAGAGUAAUCCCACAACAUUUUCCUUUAUUAUGGACAACGUUGGUCGCGAAAUCCUACGUGUUAAAACAGAUACAGAACAUGUUAAAACGUCGGACGUGAGAUCACAUGUUCUGAAAGUGGUAGUUGGGGACUUAAGAUUUUUGCUUUGUAAAUAUCAACCUGCUUUUUGGGUUGUUUUCUUCCGGUGUAGUAAUAUCGAGCGGAGGUAUUGCUCUGACGGUGUGCUGCUACGAAAUGCAUUCGGAACUCGGCGACGAGAGGAAAUGCUGGAUGGGUUUUUUUGUGGACUGCACUUUUUAAUAAAAUCGACGACGUACAUUGUCUUGCUCGCACCGCGAAAGUAAUUGCAUGGAUUGUUUGCCGAAAAGCGCGCGCAAGUCCCUCCCAAACUUUUGUCAUAAACAAGCGGCGUUAAUCGUAUGGAAUUGGUGCAGCUCUCUGAUCGUUCGAACCACUGUGUCCUCCUGUAGGUAAAGAGGCAGAGAGUCACUCAGGGUUCCUCAUCAAUCGCGUGGAGUCGCUGCAGAGCACCAAACCCCUCCUUCCGUGGUCAGAAAAAACUAGCGCCGUGGCACAAUCGCAGGAGCCCCAAGCGCCAGCGGAAUCCGGCGC